CUGUUGCGUCAUCACAGCGCGCCACCCGGAGAGUCGAAUUUUAAACCACGUGGUGCUGAAAGUCAUUUGAACGCUGGGAUGAGAAUAGCUAAGGCUUUCAGGGACAAAGGCUGGUAACAUCGUACAUUGUUCUUUUGUCGAAAAUGAACAGUGUUGGAGAGGAGUGCACGGAACUAAAACGAGACUAUGACAUGUGCUUUAACCGUUGGUUCGCAGAGAAAUUCCUGAAAGGAGACCGGAGCGGCGACCCGUGUACCGAGGUUUUCAAGAAGUAUCAGCUAUGUGUGCAGAAAGCCAUUAAAGAUAAAGAUAUCCCUAUUGAUGGCGUGGAGUUCAUGGGACCCAAUAAGGAGAAGACAGACAGAUGAAUGGGAAGGACGUCGUGCCUAAGUUGCUUCUGCAUAGGUUAACGUGUUUGGUGGGUAGCUUUAAUUAAUCGUGAAAAGUGAGUGACAACCUACCCGAGACCAUCAUUUUGGAGGAUUCCACUAACUUUGAUUGUCAUGGUUUUUGAAAUCUACAAGUGAUGGCUGUCCAACAGAGAGGGGAUACAUUUUCUCAUCUUCCAGUCCGUCGUGGACAUGGACGGUAAAUUGUUAGACUGCAGAUAAUCUCUGUGCCCGGAUGUCGAGUGACACGUGAAUGCGACGCAGGGGUACACAGUAGAGCUUUGCAGCAUCAAACUACCAACACUUCGACUCCUGCGAGAGUCGUCCUUUUACAUACUUUUCCCAGGUAAAUUGUAUGAUUAAACUGCUUACAACUGAAUUGUAUGUUUAUCUUUUUUUGCCGUCUUGAUAAGCUGAUAUCUCCAUGCUUUUUUAAGUCUUCGGAACACUAUUCAAACGGAAAAUAAGAGCAUGUAAGUGACAAAUUUCUAUGUGUGUUAAAUUUACCAGUGGAAAGCGCAGUGACGCAAAUCCGUGAAAUUAAAAACCCCCUAGAUAACCAAGACAACGUUUUUGUUAAAUAUCUGAAUCAGUACCUUAUUCUUUGGUUUUGUGUAUGACAUAUAUUCUGUUGAAAGCAGGGGCCUAAGAACUGGGGAGAAUUUCUUAAUUUAUAUCCUGAAUAAAGACCUUUGUUUUUAAA